UUGCCUGCAGGAGGACUGAUCCCUUCAUGAAAUACAGAACAACCACCUUAGAAAAGCGAAAAUGGGAAAUCGUCAUAGCCAGUCUUACUCCCUCUCAGAAGGCAGUCAACAGUUGCCCAAAGGGGACACCCAGGUCUCAGCAGCCGUGCAACCUCUCAGCCACCCACCAGGGAAUGGAGAGCCAGAGGCCCCACAGCCCGCCAAAGUAAAAAGUCAUCAGGGUUUCAAUGUGGAUCAAGAUGCCAAAAAGUUGAACAAAGCCUGCAAAGGAAUGGGAACUGAUGAAGUAGCCAUCAUUGAAAUCUUGUCAAACAGGACAUCGGAUGAGAGGCAGCAAAUCAAGCAGAAGUACAAGGCGACAUUCGGCAAGGACUUGGAGGAGGUGCUCAAGGGUGAGCUGAGUGGAAACUUCGAGAAGACAGCCUUGGCCCUUCUGGACCGCCCCAGCGAGUACGCCGCCCGGCAGCUGCAGAAGGCGAUGAAGGGUCUGGGUACAGACGAGUCUGUGCUCAUCGAGACCCUGUGCACAGGAACCAAUAAGGAAAUCAUUGCCAUCAAAGAGGCCUACCAAAGAUUAUUUGGCAGGAGUCUUGAAUCAGAUGUCAAAGAUGAUACAAGUGGAAAUCUAAAAAAAAUUCUGGUGUCCCUGCUACAGGCUAAUCGUGAUGAAGGAGAUGACGUGGACAAAGACCUUGCUGGUCAGGAUGCCAAAGAUCUGUAUGAUGCAGGGGAAGGCCGCUGGGGCACUGAUGAGCUCGCCUUCAAUGAGGUCCUGGCCAAGAGGAGCCUCAAGCAGUUACGAGCCACCUUUCAAGCCUAUCAGAUCCUCAUCGGCAAAGACAUGGAAGAAGCUAUUGAAGAGGAAACAUCUGGAGAUUUGCAGAAGGCCUAUUUAACUCUCGUGAGAUGUGCCCGGGACCGCGAGGGCUAUUUUGCUGACCGCCUGUACAAGUCCAUGAAGGGCGCAGGGACUGACGAGGAGACACUGAUCCGCAUCAUCGUGACCAGGGCCGAGGUGGACCUCCAGGGGAUAAAAGCAAAGUUCCAAGAGAAGUACCAGAAGUCUCUCUCUGACAUGAUUCGCUCAGAUACCUCUGGGGACUUUCAGAAACUGCUGGUGGCUCUUUUGCACUGAGCCGAGCCAGAGCAAUAGGAACAAAGGGAGAAACCAUCUGUAUGAAGAGCAUGUUCACAGUCAACCUUGCAAACCAAAAUCCAGCAUGAAAAAGCAUCCCUCAGGAACUCUGGUUUAAUUUCUGGGCUGUUUAAGCAGUGCAGCCAGGCUGAACUGUUAAAGUUAAGGGCAGCAAUCUUGCAAUGCUUAACCUUGAACACUAGCUUAGCAAGCAUCUGGGCUGUUUCUUCCCUUUCUUUUAGCAUGGUAACUGAAUACUUCCUAAGCACAAAUUAAAUCAGCAAGUGAUGAAAAACUAUGCAUUUGUAAUAAAAUGCUUAGAAGAAAAUACAUCACAUAGAGGUGUGUGUUUCCUAUGUGAAGAUGGAAUGGUUAAAGUACAGAGGAGACAGAAUUAACCAAUUUGUUCAUUUUCUUUCUGUGUGUUCCAUGUCAGAGCCUCGAUGUUAAUUAAAGUAUUGGAUUAUACCUUCAUCAA